AUGGACAAGGACAAUGUCGGGGUACCGAUUCCCGUCUCGACCGUGGUGGUACGGCGCCAGUACUACCCGCGCGUGCCUCCCGAAUUGCUUCUCCGGGAUCAUGCAGGGAAGUUCCAUCUCUCAGCUCUCACACUGGCAUCCCUGCUAGACGCCGUUUCGCCGCGGGUUAAACCCGUUUUGCCUCCUUUUCUUGCACGCAAGGAAAACAGUGGUGGGGCGAACGACGACCUUGUCUACACUUUGAUUAGGGAAAAUGUGAAGCUGCCGCCCGUGCCGAGCGACAACAUCAAGGAACCGGGUCCGGUUGCACAGCGUUUAAAAGAGGAGGCGCAGCGCCGAGCUGCCGCUGCGUCGUCGUCAAAAGCGAAAAAACAGUUGACGGCGGAAGACGAAGGUACCUUCGUCUUUGAAGAAGCAGCUGCUUCGCACCUUACGGCUGUUGAAUUUCUGCGACUGCCUACCCAACGCGUCGAGGAUGAUCAAGGGGCGGGGCAGCAAGGGAGCGAAAUGAAGAAGACAUUUCCUUCUCUUCGUGGGCUCGUGUCAAGUGACCUCAAACUGGAAGAGGGAGAGUGUCUCUGGGGGUACAAUACUGGGGCAGUCUUACUUGUUACCCUGCGUGUCUACGCGACCGAUCUCAGAAAUCGUCGGUAUUACGCAACAUUACCCUUGCUGGCCCAGCGAUCGUACCUCGAUCACGAGCGUGAGGUAGGUGGCGGUUCCUCUUUUGGAAGUUCAGUUAGUCUUUCAACUAUUGCCGAGGAACAGCGCAACAACCUUCUAGAAUAUGGCAUCUCUACAGAAGAGCGUGACUUUAUUAGAAGUAUGAGUGAGCAGGCCCCGCGCGGUGUUUCGUUGCUGGGGUAUCAUCCUGUUGGUGGCGUUUGCUCGCUCGUGUACGACUCUCAUAAUGACCUUGCGGUAUCUGGUGGGGUGGAUGGCACCUUAUUUGUGUGGGAUGUGCAUCAACAGUACCGAGGAGCUCUAAGGGAAAAAUACAUGCAUGACGACGAAACGAGAAGCAUGCGUCCCGCACAGCAAUUUGCCGCCUAUGUUCACACGCGGCGCUUAACUCAGCGCAUUUCCCGUGCCCAUCAGACUGCGGUCAGUGCGCUUGCCACACACUGUGAAUUAAUGAUUAGCGGUGGAGUUGACGGCACUGUAAAAGUAUGGUCGUGUCUGGGGUUAAGGGGCAUUACUGCCCAUGAUGCACCGCCGCAGUACGUUGAACAGCAAGUGUUUAAUUGCAACGGAUGGGUACGACAUAUUUGGUCCUCUCCAGAGCGUGUUGUGCAGGGGGAUGAUGUCUUGGUGACUGGCGAGCAUGGUUGUAUCAUUGGUUUUAAAGGAACGACCUUCUCACAGGAGCCUGUUGUGCAGCCUUCUCAGGUGGAGAAGAGGUUGUUACAUGCGCUUCGUAAAACAGCAGGACAUGCUUCAGACCCAGCAGCGCUCGUGUCUCGAAAGGGUAGUACAAACCGACGAGGUUCAAUGCAAUUUCCAACGUUUAUUGCCUCUAGGAUGAGCUCCAGCACCCAUGCCGGAGGCUUAUUAAAACCGGCCACUAAUGAGAAGGAGGCGAUGAAACUUCUGCAUCGGGGGGUUAUUACGCGAGCAUUACGCACCACGCGCAAAUUACAAACCAUUGGUGAAGAGGCACGGCUAGCAAGUUUACCAGGAAGUCAGCAUUCCGUGCGAGAUGAAAGUACAAGCUCCAUCACACGUAUUAUUCCGUUGUUGGAGCGUAAUUUGUUUAUAGUAUUGGGUUAUAGUCCUACGUUACGUUUUCUUGACAUGACUCGCUUGAGCGUGGCGGCGGUGGUGAUGCACCCCAGUCUGAGCGUAGCAGCCGGUGAGGACAAAGGUGGCAACGCCCAAGCAGCCGCCCAAGGUAACCUGCAAGGUUCUGGAAAGGGACGUCUGAAGCAUCAGAACAAUGCAAACAUUCAGAAAAAGACCUUUUUGAUCUCCGGCAAUGAUGCUGCUGCUGCUCCUGUUGCUGGUGGUGGUGCUGGCGAGCCAUUGCGGUUUGUAGACGUCUUGUAUGUCACCUCGCUAGACUACCUACUUUUGUUAGACAAUCGAAACAUGGUGUUCGUUUGGGACAACGUGGAAAACAAGUUUCUUGCCUCGUGGAGAUCCCCUGCGAUUAAUGAGAGUGGGAAGCCAAAAACGGCACUACGACUACUGCCGUGUGGCACCCGUCAUUAUUACAGUAGUGAGGCUUCUGGCGGAAAACGGAUAAGUGCUCAGACGCAAGGCAAGGCCAAACGUCGUGUGGCGUGUUUUUUUGGGGAAGCACACGACUUGACCGGAGGCUCAAGGACAGAUAAGGGCCCCUCUGGGGCGAUCACUGUACCGUUUUUUGUUGUCUGCAACACGGGCUUGGAGUUGUGCGAUGUGGUGAUUGAGGCCCAGACGCGGCUUGAGUUUAGGGCGCACAAAGACACCAUUGUGGGGAUUUUCCUGCGGGAGUCCCCACUCCACUCUCCCCUGCACCUCGAAAAGAGACCCAAAACGAUGUCUGGGGCUUCUGAUGCCUUUGAACAGAUCAUCUGCAGAGACCCGAACAACAGCACUUUUAACCGAAUGCUUACAAGCACCAUUUCCAGUAGAAAGACAGCUCGCUUCGCCACCCGUUGCAACAGCAGCAACAGUGUCGAAGAGAUAAAUGUUGACCCUGAAUCGGAAUGGUUUAAAAAUUCCUUGCGGGCAACCGAGGACAAUGGUCGGAUUCAUGUGCUAUCUUGUUCCGCAGACGGUGACAUUUGCUUCUGGGGAAGUUCCUUUGAGCCGCUUUCCGUUUACCACCACGGGAAUGUGUCUGGCAAAAAUUCUGAGUUUUGUACCACCAUUGCGCACAAGCCGCUUCAGCUCGACGGCGUUGUCUCCCCAUUCGAUGCGCCGCCGUGCAAAAUCAGGAAGAGCGGUGUGAAACCUGGGGUUGAGAAUGACGGUAGCGACGUCACAGCUUUUUACUACAACACGCGCUGGAACUUGGCUGUCACGGGGCAUGAUGAUGGUAGCAUUCGUUAUUGGCCCUGUGGAAAAGAACUUGCAACCUGUGUUUGGCAUAAAGGCCUACACCGUAAUGCCGUCUCUGGUCUUGUGGAAGCUCGCAUUGUGGAGCAAGAGGGUCCUUUUACCACAUUGACGCGGCUUGGGAGUGGUGUUAAUUCUCUGAUUCCUAGGGAACCGAAUGAAUUCCUUGCGUCUGUUUCUUUCGACGGCCACUUGGCUGUGUGGGAGUACCCGGCGCAAUCCAAGGCGCAGCCGCAUGGUCGCACUCGAAUUAGUUUUAACGAACUUCUCUGUGUUGCCUUCGACGAAAUUAAUGAACUGUUUAUCGUUGGGGAUAGUGCUGGUACCGUUAGUUCGUGGCAUGCGCGGGGGCUGGAGCCACUCCGCUCCAUCCCAUCACGACCCCCAUCCCCAUGGCGGCCAUCAACGACGGCGUCCGCACUUGCGGCUGCCGUCACCCGAGUAAACAGUCCCACAUCAAAGGUUGCAACUCGGUGGCCGCAUUCUCAUCGGACUAGUAGUAGUAGUAGUGGCAGCGUGGCGACGUGUUGUAGUGAUUCGGCACAGCAAGAGCAAAGGAAGCGGGUUGGACACACCGAGGCUGUCACGGCGCUUCUUGUGGAUGGCAACUUUGUCUUUUCUGGCGGUGAAGAUGGACGCGUCUUUUUAUGGGAUCUUCGUAUUGGUGCCCUCUUACGGGAAUAUAUCCUGCUGCACGACUUGGAGGAAAUUGGAGAGCACCGUAGGGAGGUGGUGUCAUCUACGACGACGCAAAACUCUUCAAGCCAUAGCAGAGGCAUUAAUCCUCGCUCCACAGAGGGUACAAGUUUUCGUCCUGGGAGGAUGGUGAGAUUGUAUACGGAAAAUGUUACCUGUUUUGCAUUACUGAAGCGGCGUAACGGUGACUUUUUGGUUGCCACGCGGGAGGGUUGGAUGUACCACUUUGAGCAGAGCUUCCCGCACCCUCGCUCCACCUAUAAGCAUCGCUUUUCUGUGAGCUGCAUGUGUGUUCUUCAGGAUGGAUGCGCAGAGGAUGAUAAUACUAUUAACGAUGAUGAAAGUGAUUUUCAUUUAGAGGAGUUUUUUCCAUUUGAGUUAGUUGUUGGAGAUGAUGAGGGAAACGUGGCUGUGAUACGCGAGACACACUUCAUUUCUACCGUGUGA